AUGCGGAUUACAGUUGUACCAGCAAGUACAAAAACAGGGGUAGCAACCAUCAAGUCGCUACUCAGCAAGCCUGUGCAAGGAAAUGCAUCAGAGAAGGGUACGCUUGAUCUAACGGGAUCUGAUGUUGUUCUCGUUAUCAUACCACCCGUCUUCGACGGUCGCGAUCUGAUCGAACAUGCGGAGAAAGUAUCUUCAAAUAUCAAAACCGCAAUCGAGCUAGCUGGCAAUGUUAAGAGACUUGUUCUACUCAGUAGUGGUGGAGCUGAAUUCAGCGAGGGUGUUGGCGAGAUCAAGACAAACAAUAAAGCUGAAGAAAUACUACGACAAACAAAAGUUGAAAGUAUUGUCUUUGUCAGAUGUGCAUAUUUCAUGGAGAACUGGACUAUGAAUCUGGCCACGCUGAAGGGCCCAGAUUCAUUCUUCUUUUCAACGAUUACCCCGGUGGACUAUAAAAUCCAAAUGGUCUCCAUCUUGGACAUUGGAACUUGUCUGGCCGAGCAGCUAACUGACCAAGCGAAUCUACGAAAGAAACUACAUAUAGUCGAAUUGCAUGGUCCCCAAAAGUACAGCCCGCUCGACGUGCGGGCUGCAUUUACACGGGCACUCGGAAAAGAGGUUGACUUGCGACCUGUGGAAAAGCACCAUCUCCACCAGUUUUAUGCGCAGAUUUUCCCUCCCACAAUUCUCGAUUACUGGGUCGAAAUGGCGAUGAGUAUCCUCCCAGAUGGCAAACUCGGCACAGAGUACUUGCUUCGCCCCCGUGGCCCUGUUCUUUAUGGCCGCACAAUUCUUGAGACGGCCAUCAAGGCGAGCUGCGAAGCAUGA